AUGAGCGCACUCACAGAAAAUCUUCAACAUGAUACGGGACGCUCGCUGAGGAAGAUCGAGAAGUCUAGCAGCCUGUAUAAACUUUCUCCGACACUAGAUGCAGAAGGUGUUCUGAGAGUUCGUGGUAGAAUGGAAAUAAAUGAAGCAAUUCCAUUCGAUAAAAGAUUCCCGAUUAUACUAUCGGGGAAACAAGAAAUAACAAGAAAAUUAAUUAUGCACUUACACGAAAAGUUUGGCCAUGCAAACAGAGAGACUGUGUUCAACGAAUUGCGUCAGAAAUUCUGGAUACCGAGCGCGCGUGCAGCUAUCCGACAGGUGUCCAAGGAAUGCGUGUGGUGCAAGGUGAAUCGAUGUGAACCUUCUAUACCGAUGAUGGCCCCAUUACCCAUUCAGCGCACUACACCUCACCUACGACCUUUCAGCGCAGUAGGAAUAGAUUAUCUGGGACCGGUUGACGUAACGGUUGGCCGCAGAAAUGAGAAACGAUGGGUAGCGGUGUUUACGUGUAUGGCUGUUAGAGCCGUACACUUGGAUGUGGUCUAUAGUCUGAGCACACAAUCUUGUCUGAUGGCGAUCAAAAGAUUCACGAGCAAACGAGGAGUCCCAGAACAAAUAUUUUCGGACAAUGCUACGUGUUUCCAUGGAGCAAAUACCGUCAUGAGAGGCGAAAUAAACAAAAUCAACCACGAGUGUGCAGAGAAAAUCAUAUCACCUGUUACAUCGUGGCAUUUCAACCCUCCCGGAACACCGCACAUGGGCGGUGUUUGGGAACGGAUGGUACGGUCCGUCAAAAAGGCUCUACGCACAUUGGACGACGGACAAAGAAUGACGGAUGAGAUUCUCGUAACGUCGUUAGCAGAAGCUGAGGACUUGAUAAACUCCCGCCCGUUGACGUAUAUUCCACAAGAAUCAGCCGACGAGGAAGCGAUAACUCCGAACCACUUCAUCCGUGGAACAACGACAAGUGAAGAUGUACACCUGGAUAACUCGGUUGAAUUUUCUGAAACUCUUCGCAACGUCUAUAAACGAUCAAGGUAUUUGGCCAAUAAGUUUUGGGAACGCUGGUCAAAGGAGUACCUACCCACACUGAAUCAUCGUUCCAAAUGGUUCGAAGAAAAAAACCACUGGAAGUCGGAGAUCUAG